CUCCAAGACACCGCGAAUAUGCUGGGGAGAUAGAUUAAAACGCUUUCUGGGCUGGAUACCCUCACGAACGUGGAUGGUGCAGUCAAGGAGCGGCAGUACCUUGCUGAGGUCGACCGAUUAACCAAGCAAAUGUUCAUCAAGGAGGAAUCUGUGACAAAGCUGAGCCAACAGGUCGAGGAGCUAUCCAAGAAGCAGUUCCAGCCCCGAAUGGAAAAGCUCAAGGCAAUCGAGCAAGAUGUCAAGAUUCGCAUGGAGGAGUAUGCACUUGCAGAAGAGCGGCUGGAGACCGGGUUCAUCUGUCCAAGAGACCUCAUCGUGCUUGAGAAGCCAGUCACAUUCGAUCCAUGCGGCCACACGUAUUGCAAGAAAUGCGUCGACUCGAUCCGCGAGGAAAACUUCAACAAGCUCAAGUGCCCGUCCUGCUUGGCCAACGUCGACUACGCCUUCCGGAACAUGCAAAUGGAAGCCGUAUGCGAGCAGUUCUUGAAGCGCAAGUCCAUGACGCUGUCUUUCCUGGAGUGGAUCAAAACCCUCAAGAUCCACCUCCCCGAGCGGGACUAGAGCACAACCCCCGCAAACCUACAAGCCGAGACCAUACGACCGACGACGCGACAGUAAUUAAGCAGCAAGAUUGAUGAC